AUGGAGCCGCGCAAAAUAUUUCAAACGUUAAGGAAGCAGGACCCCGAGAGGUUUCAUGUUCAGAAAGACAUUCAAAACGUUGUGGCGAAGAUUAGAGCCGAACAAAGACAAGGAUUGACUCCCAUGCAGUCACUAGAAAGCAUGCUGAUAAACAACGACUUUAUUUACGAGACACGGGAGGAACCCGGAACAGAGAUCGUAACAGAGAUCUUCUUUCUUCAUCGGUACUCGAGAGACAUGUGGCGUGCAUUCCCCCACGUCAUGCUGAUCGAUGCGACGUACAAGACAAAUCUAUACAAUAUGCCAUUUAUCCAGAUUGUUGAACGGGGUGAUAACUUUGUGUGGGUGCUUGAGAGGGUCAAGUCAAUGUUGGAGGAAUGUAUGGAGCCACGUGUGAUUUUAACGGAUAGAGACCUAGCCCUUAUGGGCGUGUGUGCUAAAGUAUUUCCAGACGCCUCCAGGCUUCUUUGCAGGUGGCACAUACAACAGAAUGUUAUGAAGCACUGCAAGGGUGCCUUCACAGAUGAAGACUGGGAUAAAUUUUUGUCAUUCUGGGGGACAUUGAUUGAGUCUCCAUCCAUACCCAUCUACGAGUACCACUUCCGCAAUAUGCGAAAGCGACUUGUGGAGUGCAAACGUUCUAGAGUCUUCAAUUACGUGUACGAUAACUGGCUAAAAGACUAUAAGGAGAUGUUCGUCUUUGCGUGGACUGAUAAGAGGCGCAACUUUGAGCGUCCGAUUCAACUCGAAGACAUAGACGUCUUCUGGCAGAAACUUAACUUCCAAAGUUGUAAAUUGAUAGACGAUAACGUUGACGUGGUCGAAGAGCUAAAUAUUGUUAGACAACAAUUAGAGUCGCACCCCCCAGCUCAGCAAAAAAGCCUGAUGUCAAAGAUUAAAGCGGUGUUGACUCCAAAGAAAUCUACCAAGAAACCACCAGUUGUCCAACAAAAUACUCGUGGCCGACCAACAACAAAGCAUGUACAACAAAGGUUGGACGAGGCCUCUCGUAUAGAUGAAGAAUUGAGAAGAAGCUCCUUCGGUGAUGCAAACACGUGCUUUGAAGGUUCCCGACAAAGUAAGUACGAUAAACCUUGCCACAGCUCGUACGUUCCGUCACAGGCCUCUCAACAGUCGGUUAUAAGGUCCCAAAAACCCAAAGCGAGCCUAAGUCGUUCAAAGAGUUCUAAGAAGAAAGAGACACGAGAUGAUCACGGUUUUCCUUUAAUCAUUGGGGACGAGUACGUGGGAAUCAUCGAACGGUUUAAGUCUGCCAUUCCACCAGUGUUUCAUCCGCACGUCUCGUGCAUACGAGAUGUGAUGCCGGACGGUCAUUGUGGCUUUCGGUAUGUGGCUGUAGGCUUAGGUAUGGAUCAGAGUUCAUGGGGGCUCAUUCGAAGGGACCUUGUCCAAGAAAUGGAUCAGAACGAAUCGAUCUGGUUCCCAAUAUUUGAAGCAUGGGCUGAAGGCUACUUUGACAGGCAUCGUCAGGGCCUAAUUUGGAAUUCAGUGUCCGGUUGUGGGGGGGGGGUCACUGGAUGGACUUCCCCUUCGCAGGACUUCUUAUUGCACAAACGGGGUAUCGGGGUGCACCUGUUAACGACAACCAUGGGUGCGAGUUCCACUUACUUCCCGAUACUAAGUCCUCCAGCUAAUCAACAACCAUUAUUCAUAACGCUUACACAUGUUAACGAGAACCACUUCAUACAUGUUAAGCUGGAAGGGGAUUAUCCUAUGCCACCAGCACACGGGCUAUGGUUGACCCACCGAAGACCCCAUACGGAACAAUGGGAAGAUAUGUACUUGCCACGUCUAGAAUGGUAUACAUCGAUAAUGAAUCCUCCGCCAAUAUCAAACCCCAGUCUUAAUUACAUAGAUAGUUAUACGGAAGAAUGA